CGAAAUAAAGAAAAUUAAAUGCACAUAAGCAAAAGAAGAAAAGUUAUUUAGCCGGAUAAAAAUUUAUUGUUAUUUUUUUAUUAAAUUAAAAUCGUAACGUGACAAGAGUUGUUGUGCUAAUUGUGUCUAUAAAUAACAAAAUAAAACCCAUAAUGAUCUGGAAUUGAAGGUUUAAGCCCAAUUUGUCUGUUAUCAAAGUUUAAUAAUAAUAAUAAUGAAGGAACAAAAAUUGUUACUUAUUCUCUCGCAGUCAUUAAUUGGCACCGGCUUCUUCUUUUUGUAUGUUCAACAUGUGAGGUCAAUAUUUGAGUCCCGCACCAAUAUUGCAUAUUUAACACAAUUAGAACGGGAGUCUUUGCUGCGGCGGGAGGACUCGCUCUAUUAUUCAUUUUAUAAGACACUUACAGAAGAAGCUGAUUUUUGGAGUGGUUACGAUAAGCUACAAAAUUUAACUGGCAUUGAAUAUCCACAAAAUGUGAACGUAAUACAGAGGUUCCAUGUUUUACCCGAAUUGACAAUAGGAUAUCUCUACCAUUUGCUAAGGCGAUAUGCUUUCACAGAAAGUUUUCCAAUAUUUAGCUGUUGGCGCACCAACGACGUGCGUCUGCCACUGGAGCAUCGUCAUUGUGACGGCAUUGGACAACCCAUGCAGUUUUACUUAGAAUGUGUAUGGCUUCUUGGUGGGGUCACUGUACUAGUUAUUUAUAUAUACGGGACUUUACUAAGUGAAAAUAUAUUUGGCGGCAUUUACGCAGUGGUUUCUUAUGUUAUGUUCCACAGUUUUGCGUCCAAGAUUUAUGAUUCCCCUAUGGCACGUGAAAAUUUUGCCUUUCCAAUUAUUUUCAUGCAAAUGUUUUACCUUUGCUUGUGCAUCGACCGGAUCACGGAGCGCAAAGUCUAUCACAUGCGACUUUUUAUAACUAUUAAAUUGACCCUGCUGACAGCUAUUGCUCUUCUCUGUUGGCAGUUUUCUUCUGUUAUUUUCGCAACGCAAGUUCUUAUUAUGAUGGCUCCUUGGACGCCAAGCUCAAUAUCUGAGGUGAUUUCUGGUAGUUUUACGAUGGAUUAUGCGCUCUCGCAACUUAUUGCCACAUCACUAGCGUACUACUGUUCCUUCAGCAACAAGAAAUACAUUUUCGCUUGGCAUAUCGGUCCAGCAAUCGGACUUCUCUUUCUCAGUAUGGAGCGGCAAGUUAAACCUCAAUCGCCAAAUAGUGGCAUUUCGUUCAAAACCAUUUGGGCGGGCUUAUUGGCAGCAGUUAGUGUACAGGGAACUUUAUAUGACAUGUUGGAGAGAACAGGAUUUGCACGUUCAGUGGAUAACGGGUUCGCCUUGUAUCGUGAUUUAAUAGUGCAAUGGUGCUUCCAGGCGAAAGUGAGUUUCACCACCAGCAUUGCGGCAUGCAAUCCAUCUUAUCAAAAUUUGAAUAUUGCCCAUUUGUGGGAGCUUAUAAAGACCCUAAUUGUGAAGCCAUAUUGUAUGUACGGUGUAGUGAUGUUGGCGAAGUUUUUUCGCAAGUGGCGCAAGGGUAGUGAAAAGAAAACCCACAGCAAAGAUAAUGUGGAACGGGCCAAAAAAUAUGUGCUCGAAGAUUUCUUGGAAGAGAAUCACAUUUCAAUGGUUGAUAUGUCAAAUAAAGAGACUGAGAACGAUUUAAAUGAAUGCCUCAAAUUACUGGAAGAAUGCGACUAUGACUACAAUCGCUAUAAACAAGAGAGAACAAAGUCGAAAAACAACAAGGGUGUUGAACACGAAGAGUUCAUGAAUAACAUAAAAUUACUAAAAGAACAAAUUAAAGAGGGUAACCAACGAAGAGAUCACGAUAAUCGGAAUAUGUCUAAAAGUAAUCAUGAUGAGAAUGAAGAAGAGCAACAAGAAGAAAGUACUAAAGGAGAUGUAAAACCGUCCACAAGUGAGGAUAAAGCUACAAUAAACAGCAGUUCGAUCCCAGAAGCGCCAAAGACAGAAAUAACCGAUUCAGUGAAUAAUACGAAUAGCGGCACAUCCACGAAUGCUGGUGAAAUGCCGAGUAGUUUAAAAAGUGGCGAUGCCAAUAAAAACACACGACGUUCACGGUAUAAAGGAUCGGAUUGUGCAGCUUCAAAAGCUGAUUAUCACAGCGAUAUUUUCAGCUUCCACUAUGUCUACAGCUUUGUACAAAUGGCCGUUUUUACGGCUUUAGGGCUUAGUAUUAAGAAAUUAUUCUUCCUAUGUUUCACUCAAGGUUGUGUCAUUGCGCCGACAAUAUGCUCCAAAUUUUGGUACCGCAAACAACGCAAUAUAUUUUGGGCAGUAUCGUUGGCGGUUUUCUUAACCAGCAUGGUCAAUCCCGGUUUAGUGAAUAUACGUGAAGAAUACUUCCCUACACGCCAAGGGCACGCUGGCGAUGAUUUGGAAAGUAUGUUGGAAUGGAUCAAAAUUAAUACGGAACGCGACGCUGUUUUUGCAGGUCCGGUAGACAUCAUUGGCACGGUGCAUUUAGUUACUAGACGACCGAUUGUGAACCACGCCCAUUUGGAAAUACGUCACAUCCAUGAACGUACCGAACAUGUGUACUCAGUGUUCAGCCGUCAACAGUCUUCGGAUAUUUACAAUCAAUACUCCCAACUUAAAGUGCAAUAUUUAAUUAUAUCGCUCCAAGACUGCAGCAAUGACAUUCGUGAUGACUGUGACUUGCUUUCGAUUUGGGAUGACCUGCAGCCGUCAUAUCGCAAAUAUCCGCAAUUUUGUUCGGAAUUGGCAAAGAAGAAUAUACCUAGCUUUUUGAAAGUAUUCUCUAAUGAUUAUUAUGGUAUUAUUAAGAUGUUUUCGCAGAGUGUACAAAUCAAUUUGAAGCUCAGUAAGAUGCCCGAAAAAGUAAUGUAGCCAAGUGGGUAAUGUGAAUGAUGCAAAUGUAGGAAAAGUGGCCAAGAGUUUAAUAUGUCAAUUACGUUACUUUAUUUCUACACAAAGUUUCAUGUUAUGUUCAUAUUUUAUAUUUAUUGUAAUUUUGACAAGAGACAUUUUAAGCCUCGAUUAAAAAUCGAUCUUAUUAAUUUAUAAUUAAUAGUUGUGGUAAAUGAAAAUAAUUUUUAAGUAAUAUAAAUACAAACGAUUAGUUGAAAGAAUCCUAUAUGAUCUAUGUAUGUAGAUGUACUAAUGUGUAUACGUGUGGGCAUAGGAAAAGUGUAGAAAGCCAGAAAAAUUAGCAAUUAGCAAAUUUAAAUUUUUUUUCAAAAAGAAAUCUUAAUACGAGUAGCAUAAAAUUUUAGAGUGAUGAGUUAUUUUCCUCAACCCCGAAUGCCCAGUUUACCGCAUUUUUAAAUAGACUGCCCUCUUGCAUUCCAACUCAGGCUUAUUUGUAUAUUCUUUAAAUAAGAAAGUGUAAGUAAAAAAGUUCCCAUCUACGGUUGAGUUAUUAAUUUCUAUUAGAAAGUGGCCUCCUUAUCUUGUGUAAUGUAUGCAAUUAUUUGCAACUAAUUGUCUUCGACACUGUUAAAAAUCAUAUUGCAAGCCUAAGUGUAAUGUGCUAAAUGAAGAAUUUCGCAUGCAAUAAUCAUAGGUUUUUUUUUCUUAAAUUAGAAGCUAAUGUAAGAUUUAGGAAAUGUGCUAAGCGUCUAAGACUCAAAAGAUUUGUAAAGAUUUUAUAAAGAUCAAUAUUAUGUACAUAUUGGCUGUUCUCAGUGUAAUUUAAAAUAUUACAUUUUAAGGAUGCAGAGAAACUGCUUCCUUAUUUCAACUAACAAACCUAAUUUAUGAGUAAAGUAAUAUUUUCAUUUAUUCUUAUUAUCUGGCACAAAUUUGCCACAUAUUUUUCCGCUAGAUUUUGAUACUAUUUUUUUUUAAGUUUUAAGUGCUUCAUAGUCUGGAAAUCCAUUCACCAGUAUUCAUUUGAUGUUUUUUUUUUUUCAAAGUCUUAAUUCUAUAACUUCUAGGUGACAACUAAGUGGCAAAAUAACGCACUGUAACGUCUGCAAUGAAAUAACUUUGUGGUAAUGAACUAGAAUGCUAAUGCUGCAAAAAUAUGUAUUUACUUUCAUUAUGAUUGUGUUGGUUAGUAAGAUGUGAUUUACUAUAUUUAUAAAUAAACUUAUCAAAAUAAAUUUAAAA